UGAUAAGAACACCAUUUUGGGUCCACAGUCCAAUCCGAUCAUCCAAACAGCUGACGUGGUGUCCGGCGACAGCUCCGAUCGGAUGUCGCUGUCUGAAGACACAAACCUCAUAGUCGUUCUCGCUCGAUCCCUACUGAAUUCGAUCUCUGAAGUUACCGCAUUGAUGGAAGGCGUCGACAUCGAGCAGGAGAACUUCAUGGAAGUAGGAAGCUAUCUGGACCGCACAUCGCCGGCCAUAAUUGAAUUGCAGAUGGCUGAGAAUGCUCCAUCCAAUGCAACAGAGAUCCUAGGGUUGAUAUCCAAGCACGUCGAUCUCGCGAGGGAUCUAGUAUCAAAAUGCAGCACUGGAGCCCAACUGAUCAAUGACCCCGAGCUCAAAACCAUCAUCGAACAGCUCGAGAGAGUGAUCAGAAACAUCGGGUGUGGCCUUAGCUUGAUACCAUCUACGACAUUUGAAAACCGUCAGUAUGUGGAAAUUGCAGUCCGUUCUCUUUCAAGGGAAAUGCAGAGUGCCUGCCUUAAAGGGGGUGGAUUUCAAAUUCAAAUGUCUGAGCUUGAGGAAUCGAAAGAACAGGACUUGUAUUCAGUAGACUUAGUAGAGAGGGAGAUUGAGUAUAAUUCAAUGCGAGUGGAAGUAUCGGAAGAGAAUUCUCAGCCCAAUUCAGGCGAACACAGCAAUGACAUUCCACGCUUGAUCGAUUUCCUUAGAGGAAUUAGCUAUGGCGGGUCAGAGACUGACGAGAACAGCAAUAGCCAGCCAUUUAAGUCAUUGCCACAGGUGGCCCAGUACAUGGAGCCCUUGUACGAGACGUUCUUCUGCCCAUUGACGCAGAAGAUGAUGGACGAUCCCGUCACGAUUGGAAGCGGCGUGACAUACGAAAGGCGGGCCAUAGAGGAGUGGUUCAAGAAAUCCAAUGACGGUUCGGACUGUGUUUUUUGCCCAACGACAGGGCGAAAGCUCGAGAGCAGAGUUCUGAACACUAACAUCGCUUUGAAGACGACAAUCGAGCAGUGGAAGGAGAGGAAUGAGGUGACUCGGAUCAAGGUGGCUCGUGCCGCUCUGUCUUUGGCCAGCUCGGAGACUAUGGUGAUCGAGGCAAUGAAGGACUUGCAGCACCUGUGCCGGCGGAGACAAUACAACAAGGUGCAGAUGAGGAGUGUUGGGAUGAUUCCAUUGCUUUGUCGGUUUCUAGAAUCUGAAGAGAAGAGACUAAGGAGCGAGGCGGUGGAGACGCUGCGGAUGCUGGUGGAGGAUGGUGAAGAAGGAAAGGAAAUGAUUGUCGGAACGAACGCCAUUACAGCAACGAUAAAGAUGCUUUCGAGCGAUUAUCCUCUAGAAAGACACUCGGCAUUGUUGUUGCUUCUUGAGCUCUCAAGAUCUGAACUGUUGUCCCAGACAAUCGGGUCUGCGGCCGGGGCAAUUCUGGUGCUGAUCACGAUGAAAUACAAUCAGUCCAUCGAUGCUUUUGCUGCAGAAAAGGCCAACGAAACGCUCAAGAACUUGGAGAAUUGUCACAAAAAUAUCAAGCGAAUGGCAGAAAAUGGGCUCUUGGAGCCUCUCUUGGACCAUCUGAUUGAAGGAUCUGAAGAAAUGCAGAUGGAGAUGGGGAGUUAUCUCGGCGAGAUUGUCCUUGGGCAAGAUGCUAAAACAUACGUAGCAGAGAGAGCUUCCGCCGCACUGCUACGGAUGGUCCACAAUGGAAAUUCUCUAGCAAGGAAAGCUGCAUUCAAAGCUCUGGUGCAGAUAUCAUCUCACCAUCCAAACAGUAGAACGCUUGUCGAUGCCGGCAUAAUCCCGAUCAUGACCGAAGAAAUGUUUACUCGUAAAAUCUACAAUGAACCCAUGAACUCAAAGGAAGAGUCUGCCACAAUACUGGCGAACGUGCUCGAGUCCGGCCUCGACCCUGAGUCACUCCAAGUAAACACCCAUGGCCACACAAUGGCAUCCGAUUACAUCAUAUACAACUUUGCACACAUGAUCAAGAACUCAUCGCCCGAAAAUCUGAACAUCAACCUCAUCAAGAUCCUCCUCUGCCUGAUGCAAUCACCGAGAUCAACAGCCAGUGUGGUGUCAGUGAUCAAGGAGACUGAAUCGAGCUACACACUGAUUGAGCUCCUCGACACCCAACAAGAUGAACUAAGCAUUGCAUCGGCGAAGCUGCUGAUCAGCCUUUCGACCCAAAUGGGUCACACGCUAGCGGAUCAAAUAUGCAAGACUAGAGGCCAGCCAGAGAGCCUGAUCAAGACGCCAGAAGGCGAUCGGAUAACAGAAAAAUACGCGGUGUGGGCCAACCUGCUAGCUAAGCUGCCCCACCAGAAUCUAACCCUCAAUUUAGCUCUACUCCACAAGGAAACUGUCCCCACCAUCUUACAAAGGGUGGAUGAAAUCCAAAGAGGUGCAACAACAACAACAAGCAGAUUUGCAAGAUACUAUCUUGAGGGUCUUGUGGGAAUUCUAGUAAGAUUCACAACUACCUUAUAUGACCAAAACAUCCUAUCUCUAGCAAGAGAUUUCAAUCUAGCAUCUGUUUUCACAGGCCUUUUGAUGAGAGCAGGAAGUGAUGAAGUCCAAAGGCUCUCAGCCCUUGGAUUGGAGAAUCUAUCAUCAGAGUCCAUCCACCUAUCAAAACCACCCCAAAAAAUUAAGAAACCCAAGUUGUAUAGAUUCCUACCUAGGUGUUUGUCUAUUGGUGGGCCACAUCCAGAUGGGAAAUUGAACUUGUGCCCAGUACAUAGGGGGUCAUGUUCAUCACAAACCACCUUCUGUUUGGUGGAAUCAAGGGCUGUGGAGAGGCUACUGGCAUGCUUGGAACAUGAGAAUGUUGGGGUUGUGGAGGCUGCCUUAUCAGCCAUGUGCACCUUGUUGGAUGAUAAGGUGGAUGUAGAGAGGAGUGUAGGUGUAUUGAGUGAGGUGAAUCUGGUGCAACAUGUUUUGAAUUUGCUGAAAGAGCAUAGAGAGGAGGGUGUGUGGCAGAAAUCAUUUUGGGUCAUUGAGAGGUUCUUGAUGAAGGGUGGAGAUAGGUCUGCCAGUGACAUAUCACAGGACAGGCUCCUACCUUCUACUCUGGUCAGUGCUUUCCAUCAUGGGGAUAGUAGUACAAGGCAGAUGGCUGAGAAGAUCUUGAGGCAUUUGAAUAAGAUGCCUAACUUCUCUAGUAAGGUAGUUUUGUAAGGGU